CCGCCCGGUCCCAGAAUGCACCGCAUGGCGCGUCAUUGAAGAGAGACCAUGAUGGCGGCGGCCGUGGCCGUGGGGGGAGCCCCGGAGGUGAUCGCCCAGCUGGAGAACGCGGCCAAAGUCUUGAUGGCACCACCUUCCAUGGUCAAUAACGAACAACGUCAGCAUGCGGAACACAUAUUCUUAUCAUUUCGAAAAUCAAAAUCACCAUUUGCUGUCUGCAAGCAUAUUUUAGAAACUAGUAAAGUGGACUAUGUCCUUUUCCAAGCUGCCACAGCGAUAAUGGAAGCUGUUGUACGUGAAUGGAUUUUAUUGGAAAAAAGUAGCAUUGAGUCAUUACGAACAUUCCUUUUAACAUAUGUCUUACAAAGGCCGAACCUUCAGAAGUAUGUACGAGAACAGAUAUUAUUAGCAGUAGCAGUAAUAGUAAAACGAGGGUCCUUAGACAAAUCAAUUGAAUGCAAGAGCAUUUUUCAUGAAGUCAGCCAGCUGAUAAGCAGUGGGAACCCCACCGUGCAAACAUUAGCCUGUUCCAUUUUAACAGCAUUGCUGAGUGAGUUUUCAAGUUCAAGUAAAACAAGCAAUAUUGGAUUAAGCAUGGAAUUCCAUGGUAACUGCAAACGAAUAUUUCAGGAGGAUGAUCUCCAUCAGAUUUUCAUGCUCACAGUAGAGGUUCUGCAAGAAUUCAGUCGACGUGAAAAUCUUAAUGCUCAAAUGUCUUCAGUCUUUCAGCGUUAUCUUGCACUAGCCAAUCAAGUCUUAAGUUGGAACUUUCUUCCUCCUAAUUUAGGCAGACAUUAUAUAGCUAUGUUCGAAUCCUCACAAAAUGUGAUGCUAAAGCCAACAGAAUCCUGGCGUGAGACCCUCCUGGACAGCAGAGUCAUGGAGCUUUUCUUCACAGUGCAUCGAAAAAUUAGAGAAGACACAGAUAUGGCACAAGACUCCCUGCAGUGCUUAGCCCAGCUAGCCUCGCUACACGGGCCGGUGUUUCCCGACGAAAGUUCCCAAGUCGAUUAUUUAGCUCACUUCAUUGAAGGAUUGCUCAACACUAUCAAUGGAAUUGAAAUAGAAGACUCGGAAGCAGUAGGGAUUUCAAGCAUAAUCAGCAACUUAAUCACUGUAUUCCCUCGCAAUAUAUUAACAGCCAUUCCAAAUGAACUUUUUUCUUCAUUCGUUAACUGCCUCACACACCUGACUUGCUCUUUUGGGAGAAGUGCUGCCUUGGAAGAAGUGCUUGACAAAGAUGACAUGGUAUACAUGGAAGCAUAUGACAAGCUGUUAGAAUCCUGGCUUACUUUGGUGCAAGAUGAUAAACAUUUCCAUAAAGGCUUUUUUACUCAGCAUGCUGUUCAGGUUUUUAAUUCUUACAUCCAAUGCCACUUAGCUGCUCCUGAUGGUACAAGGAAUUUGACUGCCAAUGGUGUGGCCUCUAGAGAAGAGGAGGAAAUAAGUGAGCUUCAGGAGGAUGAUAGAGAGCAGUUUUCUGACCAACUGGCCAGUGUGGGCAUGUUAGGAAGAAUUGCUGCUGAACACUGUAUACCUCUUCUUACAAGUUUAUUAGAAGACAGAGUGACGAGGCUUCAUGGUCAGUUACAAAGGCAUCAGCAGUUAAUUGGUUCACCAGGAUCAGGUCCCAUUGACAAUAAAGUACUUGAUGACCUAUACGAGGAUAUUCAUUGGCUCAUUCUAGUCACAGGCUACCUCUUAGCUAAUGAUACUCAGGGAGAGACUCCGCUAAUACCUCCAGAAAUAAUGGAGUAUUCCAUUAAGCACUCAACUGAGGUUGACAUCAAUACGACGCUUCAAAUUCUUGGAUCUCCAGGAGAAAAGGCCUCUUCCAUUCCAGGGUACAACAGAACUGAUUCUGUUAUUAGGCUACUGUCUUCUGUUCUAAGAGUUUCUGAAGUGGAGUCUCGAGCAAUAAGAGCAAAUCUUACGCACCUUUUGAGCCCCCAAAUGGGAAAAGAUAUUGUAUGGUUCCUUAAGCGGUGGGCAAAAACCUAUCUCCUAGUAGACGAAAAACUGUAUGACCAGAUAAGUCUGCCAUUCAAUACAGCAUUCGGAGCUGACACAGAGGGCGCUCAGUGGAUUGUGGGUUACCUCCUAGAAAAAGUCAUCAGCAACCUGGCAGUUUGGAGUUCUGAACAGGACCUGGCAAAUGACACUGUGCAGUUGCUAGUCACUUUGGUAGAAAGGAGAGAAAGGGCAAAUAUAGUAAUCCAUUGUGAGAACUGGUGGAAUUUAGCAAAGCAGUUUGCCAGGCGGAGUCCACCUCUUCACAUUUUAUCGAGUUCUGUGCAGCGAACGUUAAUGAAAGCCUUAGUUCUUGGAGGUUUUGCUCAUAUGGAAUCUGAUGCCAAACAACAGUACUGGACAGAAGUUUUACAUCCACUUCAACAGCGCUUCUUGAAUGUGAUAAACCAAGAAAACUUCCAACAAAUCUGCCAGGAGGAGGAGGUGAAACAAGAAAUCACUGCCACCUUGGAGGCACUUUGUGGCAUUGCGGAGGCUACCCAGAUAGACAAUGUAGCUGUUCUCUUUAAUUUUCUAAUGGACUUUCUCACCAAUUGCAUUGGACUAAUGGAGGUGUACAAGAAUACACCAGAGACUGUUAACCUCAUCAUAGAAGUUUUUGUUGAAGUUGCACAUAAACAAAUAUGCUAUCUUGGAGAGUCUAAAGCCAUGAACCUAUAUGAAGCUUGCCUGACCCUACUUCAAGUGUAUUCCAAGAAUAAUUUAGGUAGACAACGAAUAGAUGUUACUGCAGAAGAGGACCAGUACCAAGAUCUUCUUCUUAUCAUGGAGCUUCUUACUAACCUACUUUCAAAGGAAUUUAUAGAUUUCAGUGAUACAGAUGAAGUAUUCAGGGGGCAUGAACCUGGGCAAGCCACAAAUAGAUCUGUGUCAGCAGCAGAUGUUGUCUUAUAUGGGGUGAAUCUGAUUCUGCCUUUAAUGUCCCAAGACUUACUGAAGUUUCCAUCACUGUGUAAUCAAUACUACAAAUUAAUCACUUUUAUUUGUGAAAUAUUCCCUGAGAAAAUUCCACAGCUUCCAGAUGACUUAUUUAAAAGCCUUAUGUAUUCAUUAGAAUUAGGGAUGACAUCAAUGAGUUCUGAUGUUUGCCAGCUCUGCUUAGAAGCGCUGACGCCAUUAGCAGAACAGUGUGCAAAAGCGCAGGAGACAGAUUCAUCCCUUUUUUUAGCAACAAGGCACUUUCUGAAGAUGGUUUUUGAUAUGCUGGUACUACAGAAGCACAAUACAGAGAUGACAGCUGCAGCAGGUGAAGCGUUUUACACAUUAGUAUGUUUGCAUCAGGCUGAAUAUUCUGAAUUAGUUGAGACAUUAUUAUCAAGUCAACAAGAUCCAAUCAUUUACCAGCGAUUAGCAGAUGCCUUCAACAAGCUUACUGCAAGCAGCACUCCGCCUACGCUGGACCGUAAGCAGAAGAUGGCCUUCCUCAAAAGCUUAGAAGACUUUAUGUCAAAUGUUGGUGGUCUCCUCUGUGUAAAAUAAACACCAGAACUGUAUGCCUAACUUUUAGACCCUUUCUGCAAAAUGCACUGAAAAAUGCUGAAAGCUGACUUAAUCGUAAUGCCUAUUUCUGGGUUUUUCACAGCCAUCUAAGAUUUUAGAGAGCCUGGAAGUUUUGAUAUAGUGCAGUGGAAUAGGAGAUGUCAACUCUAAAAUCAGCUUCUGCUAAAUGUGUUAGCCACAGUCUAUCAUACCUUCUUACGUUGUACAGAAAAUAAACUGAAAUCUCAAAAAAGAAUUCCACAAGUGCAUACAGAUAUGGGCACCGUAAAAACAAGAACCAGUGCCUUCUCCCAAAUAGCCUCAAAUAGUGAUGAUCCAAACUCCUAAAAGAUUUUUCGUUAUUGUUACAAACCUUUUAAAUGUGUGAUUUAAACACAUACAGAACUCUAAAACAAUCCUAAGCUUUAUUUUCCUCUCUGAAAACUGUGUGUGUAAUCCAGUGAAGAAGAAGAAGAAAACCACCAAAUGAUAUUUUUAAACUUGGAUUUAUUCUUUUUUUUAAGUUUGUUUGGGGUUUUUUUUACAUCAACCUGGCGUUGCAUGUUUGUGUAAUACAAGUUUCUACAUUAUAUGCUGCUGCCCUAAAGUUCAGAAAGAAGAAAGGUGUAUAUUUUUGUUUUCCCUGAUAUGAACUUUAGGAACUGUAGCCAUUUCAUUGCCUUAAUUUAAAGCAAAUUAAAAAAGAGAAAAGCUGAUGUAAGUUAGAUGAGAAAUCUAAGGCAAGCUUUUGGUCUUCAGAACUGGUUUAGGAAUGUUGGCAUUAAGCUGCCAUGUACCUGUUUGCAGCCCUUGUGUGCUGAGAGUAUUAUGUCCAUGUAAGUUCAUGUAUAAUUUUACUUUCAAUUUCUAAUUAUUCGCACCCAAGUCGUACACAACUGCAAUGUAUUUCUAGACUGAACUGUUUGCUGAAGCAAUAAUGUUUCAAAAAGUGUAAAUUAUUGAUUUCUACAAACUUUAUAAAAAAACUGUUGGGGCAUUAGAUCCGAUGGCUAGAGUAUUAUAGUGUCAAACUCCUCUAGCUAAGGGCCAUGCAUGUUUGAUUUCAAAAUUCAGAAUAUAGGAUUGGGGUCUGAUGGCUCGCCACCGCCUUCAGGUCCAUGGUCCUGUCUUCUGCUGCUCUGAUCCCAUUUGUUCAGUGUGCUGGCACUUUAAAGAUUUAAGAUUACUGGUAUAGUUUCAUCCCGCACCCACCAAAUACGAGGUUGCCAUGGGAACAAAGCGGCAGGAACUUGAGAAUAUCGAAAGCAGGGAAUUUGCUAACCGUUACAAGCCAAACUCAACCAAUGUAAUUGCAUUGUGCAGCUGUUAAAAAUGAACCAUUUUAAUGAAGGAAGAGGAGAGUUGAUCUCCAAGGCCUUGGUAUUUCAUAUUCUGCAAGGCCUGUGCUAUUGGAUAUGUCAAGGUAGUGAUUUUAACAUUUUUACAAAACAUAUGCCUCUUUAUAGCAUCAUGUUGGCAAUUCUGUGCCAUUCUUGAGCUAGUCAUCUCAAAAUUUAAUCACAUUAUCUGGAAUUACAUUUGUUUGAAAUCUCUGGCAUUGCGGAGUGUUGUAAGGGUCCAAAACGUAACUUCUUGAAUUCCUUCUUGGCAAGCCAUGAAUUUAGAAGUCAAAGGAGGGAUAUGCCACUCUUUCUGCAAAAUGUGUCCUCUCUUUUCUGUCCCCAUCAUAAAAUGAAGACUGCCUGGAACAUGUAUUCCCCUUAAGUAAGACCAGAAAGACUGAUUAGAGUGUGGUUCAAUUCAAUUGACCUUCAGAAACAUACUCCGGAUUCAUCCAUUCUCUUUUUCCCUUAUGUCUUUUUCCAUUAAUUUCCUUUUAUACUUCCUUGUCUGUAUUAGUUUAAAGUGAUAGUUCACAAAUGAUUGUUACUGUUCACUAUCAUUUGUCUCCAAACUAAAAACCACAAUUUGGGCAUGAAAUACAUUUCCAACAACCAAACCAUAGUUUGGCCAUGACUUAUGAAAAGAGCCCGUUUCCUCCUGUUUCAUCUUUUUCUAAAGUAGCGCUAAUGUUAUUUGUAGAAUGAGGAGAUCGUUUUGAUUCCUGCUUUGUUUUAAAUGCCAAGGUCCUAUGGCUCCAGCAAAGCUGUUUGUACUCUGAUUCACUCUUAAGUAUGUCUUUUACAAUAAUUGGAUAACUUUUAGAAUUUUAAAAGUAAUGGUAUUCAAACCCCACCCACUAUACUGAAGUUUGUUACAGUUAGAAAAAAAUAGACAAUUCUGCACCCUGUAAUUUCACUGAGGUCAAUUGUGGAGUUUGUUUCCAAAAGGUACCAAAUCCCAAAAAAAAUUGCAUGAGUUAUAGGUGGGAGCACAUUGUUGGUUAGGAGUAAAAUAUUGUGUAGAGAUCAAAAUGUAUCAAAUCGCUUUGGUAAAAAGUUUGGAAAAUUGCAUUUUAUAGAAAAAGAAUGCAUAUCCUCAUCACGUUUUUCCCCCCGAUUCCUGUAAAAUUUGUUUAGAUAGAUUUGGUACCUUUUGGAAAUGAGUUCCAGAAUUAGCUAACUGUUUGAAUGGAACUGAAAUGUGCAUAACAGCUGCAGUAUAGAAAAUUGGUGCCUGACUCUCUCAAAUGUCUGAAUGUACACAAUGCAGUGACUAUCUAGAAGCAUUGAUGAUGUGGAAAUACCUUCCUGUCUGGCAAGACAAACACUGCUGCUGUGCAACCUCCAUUUUAGACCUACAUAUCCCAGUCUUCUGUGCAGUUCAACACAAAAAUGAACAGAACUUGUGCACAGCAAUGUUUGGUGGGUCAUUUCUAAAAUUAAUAGUUAUCAAGGGUUAUUUGUAAUCUUAAAUUUAUCUCCUCAUUUUAAGUGUGUAUGAUAUUAAAGGGACUCUGUCCAGUACAUUUUUAUCUGAGGUUUUUUAACAGUGAUUUCUAAAAAAAAAAAAAAAGAAGCUAUCUUUCCUGUUUUUGUAUUUUUUUAAAGUAUGAAUAACGUUCUAUUUCAUCCUUCCCUGUCCAGCAUAUUUUCAGAUGUCAUGUUAUGUAUCUUUCACCUUCUGAAUUUCAGCAUUUUCAUAAUUUCAGAGACAUUGCAGUAGCUCUGGAAGUUCAUGUUGGUGUGAAUGCACCUUUCCAACCGUGUCCAUGUCUUUACAGGAAAGCAGUCUUGAAUGGGAUAAUAUGUACUUUUGUUAGUGGGGGCACAAACAAAGCCCAUGGAAGUCAAUAAAAGCAUAAAGGAUUUCAGUUGGCUGUUAAUUUAAGCCAUGUGAUAUUUUUGAGGAAUUGGUACAUUAACACUGAGUUCUGACACGCUUUGAAAAAUUAGAGACUUCAAGAGCUUUUUAAAAAAUGCUUGUUGAUAAGGUUAUGUAAGACAGAAGAGUAUAAUGCUAACUGAACUUAUUAAACAUGCUGCUUUGAUACAGAAAGCAACUUCCAUGAUAUGCUGUAAGGCUAAGCAUGUUGUACCUACUCCCCAUUCCCCCUUUAAUCUUGGUUCAUGGUUAAAUUUAGUCCAGAAUUUCCAAACAUUUUGGGGAUGAAGUGCAGUGAUUUCACUCCAUUGAUGGCUAGAUCUUUCAAAGCAUAUUCAUUUUAGACCACACGUUGCUGUCUGGGGUAAUCUAGACACACAAGUGCAGGGGAUUUUUUGUCAAGCUAGAACUGUUAUGCCAUUGGUGAUAAACAUUUGCAAUUUUCAUGACUGAGAAGAAUUGGUUAUGGCUCAGGAAUUUAAGUCUGAGCUUCCAUAAAUGCAGGCUGUACUAGAACCUUAGCUGGCGCCCCAACUAAAUAUCUGGAAAUGACAGUUGUCUAAACUGAGAAUUUUUAAAGACAUCCUACCAAAACUUAUUAGCCGAAUUAUCUUUAAAUGAAAGUGUCAUCUGCCAUAUUUUGUAUCACAGUGAGAAAAACAUCCAAAAUGUUAAUGGCAGCAGUUUUGUCUUUCAUGAGCUUUGGUGAAGAAAAGAUUACCAUUCCUAAUAUAUAUGUAUAUGCAAUACACCAGACUAAAUAUCUUUCAGGGCAUUAAAAUAAGUAUUCAAAGACAUAGCUGUGUUAUUCUGGAUCAGUACGCAAAGAGAGCUUGCAUCACAUUUGAAACUGAGAGAAAGAAGUUGGUAACAUAAGCUUUUACCAUGCAUGGAAUUAGACUUCUUCUGAUUUAGCCUCUAUAAAAUCCCUUUGCAUAAAAAAUAAUUAUGAAAUGGAUAGUAUCCAAAUUGCCAGUCGCCCUGUGGGUUUUUAAAAAGCAUUUUUAUCACAGUGGAAACUGAAAUAAAUUCCUGUUACUUCAUCACCAAUUAGUAACGCUGAAUAUUGUACAUUAUUGGGUGGUUGUGUGUUUUCCAGGCGGUAUGGUCAUGUUCCAGAAAUAUACCUCACAACCUCUGAGGAUGCUUGCCAUAGACGUGGGCGAAAAGUCAGGAGAGAAUACAUACAGCCUAGAAAACACACAACAGCCCUGUGAUUCCGGCCAUGAAAGCCUUCGACAACACAUUGUAUAUUAUUAAUUGAUAUAUAACAAAGUUGGUUGUAAGUAGUACUAUAUGUUCUCCAAUUCUACCAUAGGGCAGAAUAUAAUUCAGAGAAAAUAGCAUUAUAUGUAAUCUGUAUGAUAUAAGCUAAUAAUUUGGAAAAGAAUUCUGGCAGAUUAAGAUGGUCCUAUGCAGAUUAUGGUAUACAUUUUGAUAAAUUAAUUGUCUGAUAUUUCUAGGAUUAUCUGAAAUUUGAGAUUCAAACUUCACAAAAAUGCUCUUUUGAAAACUUCUCUGAGUCAGGGAUUCUUAACCAGGAUCCACGGACUUCUUGGGGAUCCAUGGAAAGAUUUCGGGGGUAUCUUUGAUCUUGAAUUGAAAAAAAAAAUCAAUUCAUUAUCAUUGUGCAAUGUAAUUUUGAAUAAUCCUAAAAUUUAAAUUAAAGACAUGCUGAUGUUCAGUGUUAUAAAACUGUCUGCCGCUACAUUCUGAGAAGUGGCUCGUGGUUUUCACCUGACUGGCGAAGAGGUUCAUGGGACAAAAAAAGGUUAAGAACUCCUGCCUGAUGAGUACAUGAUCUUUUGUAUUCAUCUGGUUCACAGGUUCUUGCAAAUAUGCAAAAUCGCUUUUCAGUCAUGCCAUUCUCUUGAAGAAUGCUCCUCUUUAGGAGUGUAAUGCUGUAUUCAUUUAUGUAACAUAGUGUAGCGGUUUGAGCGUUGGACUAUGACUCUGGAAAUCAGGGUUUGUAUCCCCACUCAGCCGUGAAAACCCUCUGAGUGACCCUGGCCAAAUCACACAACUCUUUGCCUUAGAAAACCCUGUGAUAGAGUCACCAUAAGUUGGAAGCAAUUUGAAGGCGCACAACAACAAAAUCACCUGAAUAGUUAUGUUUUGAUAUGAGUAUUGAAACCUAUGAAUUCUGGCACAUUUCCUCAUUCAUGCUGAAUUCCUGAAUUUCACAACAUAUCAAAGUAGAUGCAUACCCCAAAAUACAUCCCACUUGCUCUGUGGCCUGGAAAUGGGGGUUUGAUUGUUCUCAAUGCAAGAAUAAUGUUUAGGAUUAAAUUCAGAACCCAUUUCCAGCCGUUUUUGUGUACCAACAAUGCAAGUAGGACAUGCCCAUUUGUAGUUGGUGUCAUAUAGUUAAAUAAGCAUUUACUACUGAGGAAACAACUAUGUACAAUUAAUAUUGCAAUAUCCAAUUACCUUUGUAUCAACUCAGAUGCUGUAAUAUCUUUUCUCUUGCAAUGAGCCAGAAAAACAGUGAAAUUUUGUUUUCAAAUCACUGGAAGAACUCAAACAAUUGAUGUUAUUAUUUGCUAAAGCUUGCAUUUGCCUGAGUGUUGCAAGCACGUCUUUAAAAAGCUUGACUGAUAUCAGAACGAAAUACCAUAAACUAGAGAACCCUGAGUUUACUGAUCAGCCUUAUAUUUCCUCUCAUUCUAGUUUCUUAUUUGGUUAGUAGUUUCUCUUUUGCUAGUUUGAAACAAAUUAUUACUUUAUUCUUUUCUGAAACAGUCUGAAAGUAACUCAAAAACAUUUCACACAGCUGUUUAUGCUUUAUGUUCAUAAUGACUGGAAUAAACUUGAAUGAUUUGGGGGGAAUAAAAAGCCUUUGUGCUUCUUUUUGUGUGAACUGAUAUAUAUAUCUGUGCUCAUGUACAACGGUGUGCGUAUGUAUGUGCCUUCAAGUCAACUUAUGACGACCCCAUGAAUUUACAGGGUUUUAUUAGGCAAAAGAGACGUGGACAGCUUUGGGUUUAGUCUGAAAUGUUGGGAACUCCUGAUGCCCAAGUGAAACUGCUUGGUCAGCAAAAGUACUGAAACUAAAGUAACACUUUUCACUCUGAACUUUUUUAACCAGAAUGUUCAUUCUGACCGAAUAAUGAAACCCCAGAGCUUUAAUUUUAAUUGACAGUAGGGUUUGCUUUUUUUUUUUUUUAGAAAGCAGUGCUGUGACCAUUUGAAUUGUAUUUGAAACUUGCUCAUUAAUGUAGCAUAUGUUUAGUGCUAUAGUGUCAGCAUUUUAAAUUAAUGUUUAUUUGUUUUUUGUUCUUUUACUGAAUCAUUCUACAACUAUUCUAUUGUAGAAGAGUUUAGCUGCAGAUUACAUCUCUCGUUAUAUCUAGUGUCAUUUCUACUUGAAAAUAUAUAAAUCUCUCUGAGCUUCUGUCUUCAACUUUAAAAUGCAUUGCAUUGUCUUUUACCAAAAAAAGUGGCAUUAUCUAGCAGGCUUGUCUUGUAUUUUUGUUGAAACCAGGUGUGGUUAUUACAAACAAGACUACAAUAUAAAAUGUGUUAUGUAUCUCAUAGAGAAUUUUGUAGACAAAAUCUCUGCAGCAUAAUGGGGUCGUGAUCAGAAAUAAUUCUUAAAUACGUCUAUCAUGCCUGGUCUGUUUUCAAUAUCAUCGUGUUUGCAGUUCAUUAUUCUUGAUUAACUCCAUGACAUUUUAAGAAUAUUUUGUUACUUUUGAACUCAUGUUGUAUUUAACAGAAACAUCAUAGGAAGAUAUCACAAGACCAGCCCUGCUGUAGUGAAUGCUUUCAUUGUUUCACUAUCUUCACGAAAGACUGUUCUGCUCAACUACACAUGGACUGCCUUCAGGCCUUUAUGCACUUUUUGUGACUUUACAGCUGUUGGAAAUGAAUUGUCUUGCAAAUAUUUUGAUAAAUGCGUAUGUAUUAAAAACAACAACAAAACCAAA